AUGAUAUUUGUAUUAUCUCCAGAAACAAGUAACUCAUCAAUAUUCUCAAAGCAAAAGGAUGUUGAUGAUGCCAUCAAGGAUUCAGAAAAGCUGAGCACACAUACUAUCAGAAUUGAAGAUGAGAAAUCUGAUUUGCUAGGGUCUGAAAUUUAUUCUGGAAAGCUUACAUUAGAUAACAAAACAAAAAGUUCAUCAAAUGAACAGUCUGUAUCAGGAUCUAGUAGCAAUUGCUUUGAUGCUAGGCUCAGCACUGAAGCCCUAAUAUGGGGUUCUAACAUCCUUAAGCUUGAGGAUAUUGUAUCUGUAUCAUAUAAUUCUGGUCUACGGUAUUUCACCGUGCAUGCUUGUCCUCUUGAAAAAAUUUCCAGUAGACUCUCCUGCUUUAUGAAGCCUAGAAGAACCCAAAAGGACUUGAAGUUCGUAUCCUCUUCUCCGCACGAGGCCUUUCGGUGGGUUAAUAGUUUUGCGAACCAGCAAUGUUACGUAAACCUGUUGCCUCACCCCAUGGCAUCUAGCAAGAAGCAUUCAUCUGAACUCAUUCAGUUUGAUGCCAUGUUUGAUCCUUAUGUUAAAUGUCGAUCUCCACCAAAGAUACUUGUCAUCUUGAAUCCUCGAUCUAGACAUGGUAGAUCUAGCAAAGUUUUUCAUGGAAAAGUGGAACCCAUAUUUAAGAUAUCUGUUUUAACUGAAAAAACAAUGAAUUACAAAGUGCCUAGUCAUACUGUUAUGGUCGCUAGAUCGGUGAGGGAUUAG